AUGCCACCGAAGAAUGCGACAGCGAAUGCUGCGCGCAGAAAAGGCCCAUCCUUCAAUCCACCACGGCCUGUAAACGCGGCAUCCCAAGCCUCCGCCUCGACGAAACGCGCUCCAGCAGCGGCAUCCCGCGCGACUGGCGCCGGAAAGAAGAGCAAUGCGGCUGCCUCAAAGAGUGGCUUUCAGCCUGCUGCUGAUAUAAUCAACCUGUCCGAUGACGACCAAGAUGAAGAGCUUGCCGAAGAUCUAAACAUCUCAGACUUUGACGACAUAAUGGAGGAUGCACCUGCUCCUAACCCACCAGCAGCAGCAGCCAAUCCUGUCCUCUCAGAACCCGUCGUACCCCGACCGCUUCUCGCACGCCUGCUCCUCGAGAACUUCGAAGACCCGAAUAUACAAAUACAGACUGGUGCGAUGAAGUUGGUAGGAAAGUACAUUGAUAUUUUCGUCACCGAGGCUUUUCUCAGAAGCCAAGAUGAGAUGAAAGCAGCAGCAAAAGAUGGGGGUGUCAUUGAUGGCUUCCUCCAAGUGGAAGAUCUGGAGAAGUUGGCACCCCAGCUUGUCUUGGACUUUUGA